UGCAAGAUGCUGGUGGAGAGCGGGCGCGCGGCGCUGGCGCUGGGAGGCGGCGGUACGGGCAGCCCCCUGGACCUCGCUUGCUUCUAUGCCUCGUCCCCGCGCUCCAGCGAGGGCAGCUGCUCGCCUACCCGCUCCGCGCCCGCCUCGCCCGGCUCGGGCUCGGGCUCGGGCUCGGGCUCCGACUGCGAGGCGGCGGGCGGGCAGCGACGCGCCGUUGAACACCACAUGGGGGGAGGAAGGCAGCACAAAGGACCUUUCCAAGGGGUUCGUGUGAAGAACUCGGUGAAAGAGCUUCUCUUGCACUUCAGAAGCAGCAGACAGAUGUCUACAGGCUAUGUUCCUGAUGACUGCAAGGUACAAGAAGGGUUACUGAACUACGAUCAGUAUACAGAGUUGAAGAACUUGCUAGCUCACAGUGUCAAAAGAAAGGCUUCUGAGCCCCUCUGUGAUGGACCUGCUUACAAACGGCCAGCCAGUGCCCAGCCUCAUCUCCUGACACCACCACAGACACCAACCUCUGUUGAUAACAUGGAGGAUGCACACAAAAAUGAAUCAAAGCACGAUAGCAAUACUGACCUGCUUCAGAACAUUAUAAAUAUUAAGAAUGAGUCGAGUCCAGUUUCUCUGAACACGGUGCAGGUUAGCUGGCUGCACUCUAUUUCUAACCAUAACUCGCCUGGAGAGCGCUAUCAAGACAGUUCAGGAACACAGGCUUUCUCUCCACCCCAGAAGUAUCAAACAUUCCAAGACAGCAGUUCCCAACAAAUGUUGGAUGCUCCCCAGAACUACCAGUUUGCUCCCUCACAGGCCCAGGAUUUGUCUCAGAAUUAUACUCGGGAUCCUUCACUGGAAUACAGGCCAGUUUCUGGCAAAGUCCAGUCUCUGGCCUACCAGCAAAAUGCUUUUGAAAGUCGUGAACUGCGGUAUUGCCCAACCCAGAGUUUCUCAUCUCUCUUGAAUGGUUCUGAAGGCUCAGAGAAUAUGACUUUUCCGCUGCAGCCUCUUGCAAAUGCCCAUGAGCAACUUGACAUCAGCACCCAUGCUCAGAACUUCAGCCUGGCACCAAGUAAUAUCUGUGGUACUCUUGGUGGAAAUGGUACAUCUCUGGCUACUCUGAAUGUCUCUCUACAGCACACAGGUAUCAGAAACACUGCACAGCUGGGCAAGUCCUUCUUUCAGUGGCAGGUGGAACAGGAGGAAAACAAGCUGGCCAACCUCUCUCAGGACCAGCUCCUUGCCAAAGACUCAGAUGGUGACACGUUCCUUCAUAUUGCUGUUGCACAGGGCCGGAGGGCUCUUUCCUUCGUUCUUGCAAGAAAGAUGGCUGCUCUGCACAUGCUGGAUAUUAAAGAACACAAUGGCCAGAGUGCCUUUCAGGUGGCGGUAGCUGCCAACCAGCAUCUCAUUGUACAGGACUUGGUUGGUCUAGGGGCUCAAGUGAACACCACUGACUGCUGGGGCAGGACACCACUGCAUGUUUGUGCUGAGAAGGGGCAUGCCCAGGUCCUUCAGGCAAUCCAGAAAGGAGUCUUGGAAAAUAGCCAGUACGUGGACCUUGAGGCAACAAACUAUGAUGGUUUGUCAGCUUUGCACUGUGCGGUACUAGCCCACAAUGCUGUGGUGCAUGAACUCCAGAACCGUCAGCCUCCUCACUCCCCAGAGGUUCAGGAACUUCUAUUGAGAAACAAGAGUCUGGUAGACACCAUCAAGACUCUGAUCCAAAUGGGAGCUUCUGUUGAAGCAAAAGAUCGUAAGAGUGGUCGCUCAGCUCUGCACCUAGCAGCAGAAGAAGCCAAUGUGGAGCUUAUUCGUCUCUUUCUGGAGCUGCCCAACAGCCUGUCUUUUGUUAACGCAAAGGCGUACAAUGGCAACACAGCACUUCAUGUGGCUGCCAGCCUGCAGUAUCGGAUGACCCAGUUGGAUGCAGUUCGUCUGCUGAUGAGAAAGGGAGCUGAUCCCAGUGCUAGGAACCUGGAGAAUGAGCAGCCAGUUCAUCUGGUUCCUGAUGGCUCUGUAGGAGAACAGGUAAAAGAAACUCCAAACCUUUCAGAUUUUUCUAUUGAGUUGAGUGGCCAUGAGUAGAUUUUUUUUUUUUGUUUGCUAGAAGUCCUUCUUUCUAGCAAUAUUAAAUUCUGUGAAGCAGUAUCAUAGAUGCUUCUGAGUUAGGGGAACAGAAUAGCUUGACUGAUUAGGACUAUUCUCAAUCAAAGGCAGGGUAGAACAGUUAACCAUAUCUCUGCUCAUUCAGAAUAGGACAGCUGAUAACAGUUUUCUCCUUGCAACUUCUUGGUCUUACAUGCUAAUAUGUAAAACUAAAAAACAGUUAAAAAGCUGGAGUUGAAUUAUUUGGGACUAACAAGGCUAGUAACAUACAUAGUAAUCACCUAAUCUUAGUUUUUGGAAUGAUCCCUGAAUGUUCAGAGAAGUAAAUUGAGUGUGUUUGCAAAAAGUAUUUAUUUCCAAAGAAAUGCAUGGAAAAUUACAGAUACCCAGUUUGUUUACAAAAUGGGUAAACAAAUCUGAGAGAGAUCCCAAAGAGAAAUGGCAAGCUUUUUAAUUUCAAUGUUGUGUAUAAAUAUAGUAUGUCAGAGUUGAUGCAAGUAACUUGACAAUUCUGUGCAUUUAUUUUACAUAUCAAGAACUUUCAUAGAAUCGGCCAUUAGGCAUUUUUUAACGUUAUAAGGUCACAAUGCAAGACAAGACGCUUACUGUGCAGUAGUAAUGAGCUACUGUGUAAUAAGCAUCACCAGGCAACCAUGCUGGGACGCUAUUGCGCAGAAACGUUGGUUACUGUGCAGUCAUUUGGUACUUGGUUAUGCAAGUACUAAAUGACUGCAGUAACAACCACGCAGCAGGCAUCUCAUGUAGAUGUGCCUAGUAUAUGCGAAAACAAGAAUCUAGCUCUUUGCUUAUGAAUAUGGGGUAGGCCAUAAAAAAAAAAAAAAAAAAAUGCUAGUGUUGUGAUAAAUUUUAGAGUCCAAGUAAUAAAUCAGGGCUGUGCUGAACUAGGUACUGUACAUUUAUUCAUACCAAAGAGAUGACCCUUGCCCUGAAAAGUUUACAGUCUAAUCAAGUAAUUCCGAUCUCAGUUACAGUGGUAAAAAUCAUGUCAUUUUAAGGCAAUUCACUUGUACAACUGAAAUCGGAAUCUAAGCUGAUAGCAUUGCUUUUAUGAGUGCACAAGUUUGAGCCUUUAGCGGGUGAAUACUGAUCUUUGUCUCUUUUUCAGAUAAGACGGAUCCUGAAGGGGAAGGCUAUUCAGCAGAGAGCCUCGCCAUAUUAGACUCCAUGUGUCUUGGAGUUCUCAUCGCUUACACUCACUGUCAGUUAGGCAGUCCUAAUGUAUUUGUAAAUAGACCAUUUGCCUGGUGGAGGCAAAUGUUAGUUGUUUCCAUGAAACAAAAGUAUUUAGUUCACUAUCAUAUAGUGGGUUAUAAUUAAAAUAAAUAAAUAAAUCCAAAUUCCUCUGAGCAGGUGGGAAUGUUUGAUUCCCAGGUAUACGGAACCUUUGUCUGGAUACUUGGACCCAAUAUCAGUGGUAAAACUGACUUACUUAACAGCAGAUAAUAUGGUAUCUGGGCACAGACAAUUGUAUUAUGUUGUUUGUUUUUGUGUUUAAUUUUUUUGGUUUUUUUUGCAUUUAGCUAGAUUUGAUAGAUGGCAAUAUUUUUAUUUGUUUUUGUCUUUUUUUAAUUACACAUAAAUAUUAACUUCUAGAAAAAUCUAAUAUUUUAAAACUAAAAGACCUAUUUAUAUACCUUUUUGUAGUCCUCCCCCCCCCCCAGGUUCCAUGGCAGUACUGUGUAUAAUCAAAGGCAUUAUCAUGCAGUUGCAUAGACCUAGUGGUUUGUUCCAGUUUCAAGUAUUUCUAGUUUUGAGCUUUUGGAUUGUGCUCAUGGAAUUCUGAUUUUUAUGCUGGUAGAAAUCGGAUUAAUUUAAUUGUGUGAAUGAUUAAUUGUCAGUGCUAUAGUAUUGGCAGGAUCAAUUGUCAAUGGUACUUAUUUGCAGAAAGCUAUUGUAGUUUAAAGCAAAUGAUGAGUUGUAAUGGGAUAAUUAUAAGCAUGAUACUGAUCCUGUUGACAUCAAUGGGGACAGAAUCAAAUCCUAUUUUCUUGCACCAGGACAGGUUUUUCUUUAAUCAAAGCAGUAGACUGUGGAGGAGAAAAUAUCCCUCUGUACAUAAUUUUCUUUAAUGAGGAUGAGUGUGGUUCUGAUUUCAGCAGCUCGUGCACACAUUUGGGUGUAAAUACAUGCUUAGAUCGCUUCCAUUUUGGGAAAGUACUGAUAGAUGUCAGUGGAACUUAAGCAUGUAGUUUAGAUUACCUUGCUAAAUCAGACCCUUUUCUCCUAGGGGAGAAUACUACCAUCUCCUAAACAGAUUUAUUCUUGUAUUGAUGUUUUUACCUUAUAGGUAUAGUGAUAAUUGAAUAAUAUUUGAAGCAAACACAGGUAUUUUUCAAUAAUUAUUCUGGCUCUUAUUGCAACAUGUUUAUUAAUGAUGCUGUAUAAACACGUUUGAUCAAAGAGAAUGUCCUGUGUUGAUCCCUCAAAGUUACCUGGGAUGUACUUCAUUUCAGUUGAUUCUUUGUAUGUUCUCUUUGUUCUCUAGCUGUUCUUGCAUCAUGUGUGAUUCUUGUCCAUAGCUGUGUAAUUAACCUGGCAUAAUCUGAUCACGUUGUUUAUUGAAAGUAUGUCUUGUAGACAAGAUAAUUGGGAAAUCUGAUAACCUUGAGCAGAGCUGUGAUGCAUGCUUUAAAGAUAUCAUGUACAGUUUUGAAUAAACUUCUUAAUUCAAAGUU